CUCUUUGACCAUUCGUCACACAGUGCAAGCUCGAAAGUAAAAGAGAGAAAUCUCCAAGGGACUUGCCCUCCCGUUGGUCAUGGAAACUAUGGGAAGCCCUGUUUGAGUGAAAGCAGUCACAGGUCCCCUUUUUUUAAAGCCUGUAAUGGUUUUCACACCAUCCACUCAGAGCACAGUCCCGUGAAGCCGAGGAUUAUUACGGUGGUGAAACCUGGAGGACGCACGCUGCGAAGGAUAACCUUGCUUCUCAACAGGAGGUCGGUCCAGACUUUUGAGCAGCUGAUGGCUGACAUUUCAGAAGCUCUGGGAUUUCCACGCUGGAAGAAUGACCGAGUGAGAAAGCUUUACAACUUGAGAGGGAGAGAAAUCCGAAGCGUUUCUGACUUCUUCAGGGAAGGUGAUGCGUUCAUAGCUAUGGGGAAGGAGCCUCUCACUUUGAAGAACCUGGAAGUGGUAUUACAAGAACUUUUUCCUGAAAACCCCUAUGCUGCCAGUGCUGCCAUUCAGCAGAAUGAGGAGCAAACAGUGAAGGGCAGGCUGUAUGACAAGGCUUUGAAAGUGGACAGUGGCUUUGAUGAGACGUGCAGCGAUGGCACGUCUCCCAAGCUGGUGGCUGGAUGUGAAGGAAAAAGCCAAGCCAAGCCAAAGCAAGAGGAAAAGACGAGAACCAAAAAAAAGUGGACUAGAGAGAGCUGGGGUAGUGAGCAAGGAGUGAAAGCUUCUAGGAAAACCCGAGAAAGCCAGAGGUACCUUACCCACGCGAGGAGCGCUGAGGAGGGAUUAGAAGAGGGUUCUGAGGACGUGGUGAGGUGUGAGAAGUGUGAGCAGGAAAGGCAGGCCAGGCAAAAGCUCCAAAGGGAACGGCGGGCCGAGGCCUCCUUUGAGAACACGGGCCUGUGUCAGAGGUACCACCUAGAAAGGAAUGCAAAAAUUAGGACUUGCCAAAAACCCUCAGAAACUUGCCUGGAAGGUGAGGCAGUUGGUUGGAAAGGCAGUGGCUGUAGGAGGACGUGGAAGCCUUUACAUAGGAAUGUUGAUGAAGGGCUGGAGAAACAAAAAAGGGGAGUUGAGAAGGAAAGGGAUGUGGAGAAACACGAAAACCAUGGGAAGGAAGUGGUGAAAAUCAAGAAGAGUGCUGUAGAAGGGCUGCAGCUAACUCGUGAAGCGAAGGGAGAGAGUGGAAGUGGCUGUGUGAUGAACCAAAGUGGCUGGCUAAAGAAAGACACUCCGAGAGACGCCGAGAAACCACCUAAAACACACAGGGAGGGCAGAGAGGGACAAAGGGCUAAAGAGGAGGGUGCCAGAAGAGAGGGCCAUAUCGUGCACAGAGAGAGCGACAUGACACGAAGAGAAAGAACAGGAGAGCGCAGAGGGAACAAAGAAGAAAACAAGGGUCAGGGCCUGGAAAGCACAGGGAGGAGGCAUGCCAUCAAAACCAGAACUGAUGUGGAGAAACACUACGAGAUUGGCAGAACUAUUGGGGAUGGGAACUUUGCAGUGGUGAAGGAGUGUCGCCACUGUGACUCCAAUCAGAUCUACGCCAUGAAAAUUGUUGAUAAGUCCAAGCUGAAAGGGAAAGAGGACAUGAUGGAAAGCGAGAUUCUGAUCAUUAGGAGUCUCUCUCAUCCCAACAUAGUAAGCUUAAUUGAAGUGUAUGAGACAGAAGCUGAGAUCUACCUAAUCCUAGAGUAUGUCCCAGGUGGGGACUUAUUUGAUGCAAUCAUCGAAAGCGUGAAGUUCACAGAGCACGAUGCUGCUGUCAUGAUCACUGACCUGUGUGAGGCGCUGGUUUAUAUCCACAGCAAGAACAUUGUCCACAGGGACCUCAAACCAGAGAACCUCUUGGUUCAACAUAAUGCUGAUAAAUCUACCACACUGAAACUAGCAGAUUUUGGCCUUGCAAAGCAGGUUACGAAGCCCAUAUUUACUGUGUGUGGAACACCAACGUAUGUUGCCCCUGAAAUACUCGCUGAGAAAGGCUAUGGGCUGGAAGUAGAUAUGUGGGCAGCUGGUGUGAUCCUUUACAUUCUGCUCUGCGGUUUUCCCCCGUUUCGCAGUCAGGAGCGUGAUCAAGAAGAGCUGUUUCAGAUCAUACAGCUGGGUCACUACGAGUUCCUUUCCCCAUACUGGGACAAUAUUUCUGCAGCAGCAAAAGACCUCAUAACCAGGCUGUUGAUAGUGGAUCCCCAGAAGCGCUACACAGCACGACAAGUCCUCCAGCACCCUUGGAUCAGAACGGCUGGAAAAACCAACGGCAGGAAUUUGCAGAGGGAGGUGACGAUCAACAUCGAGCGUCAUUUCCGAGCCCAGCGCAGGAAGGAAGCUGUGGAUGAGGACACAUGAAAUCCCCUUCAGCCUCUUUAGUCUUCUUUUUAUUAAUUAACAAAUUGUUUCUGUUUUCUAAAUGAGUUGGGUCUCUCAUGGAUAGCUGUUACUGGCUAUUGCCUUUUUUAUUUGCUUCUGGGAUUCUGAAGGAGGACAGCGAUCAAAUUCUCACCCAUCUCUCCCUCUGAUGCUACUCGAGAGUCUCUCUGUAGAUAGCAGUGGGAACUAGAUAUUUCCUGGAGGCUAUCUAUUAUUUUUUCUUUACCAAUUUGGGCUUUUACAUUACAAAAUGUGACCUGUUUUAGAUGACAGAUGUUUGCUUCUGUGGCUGACAGUGGGUGAUGACUCUUGUCUGUUUUUUUUGUAUCCAGGAGUUAUGUGUUAAUAAUGUUUUGUGUUGAUAAUGUUUUCAGAAUAGCAUCCUGCACUAAUUCUCUGAACUGUUUUCAUCAAUCCCUGCUAGCAAUAGAGAUAGUAAAGGGAUUUAAAAAACCCCCCAUUCUUUAGCUGUUGGAGACAUUCAAUAGGCAGCAAGAUACUAUUUAUUAAGUUGUGAGGGAAGAAAAAUCCUUGUAGACUAAAUCAGAUCUUUUAGGAUAUCUCCCCCAGCAUCAUCUUUUGUUGGAUGUUCUCAGGGACAGGGUGAGAGGUGCUGCAAUGUUUCUGUUAAAUGAUGGUGGUGCUGUGUGGGAUGGUAGUUUCCUUUCUUUACGAGAAGGGGGAAGAUAUCAAUGCUGAUAUGUUUUCAAGACUGUGACAACAACUUUCAAAGGGGCCUUCUUUCUGCUCUGGGAAGUAGGAAGUUGAGCAAUUCUAAGGGAACUUUGGUUCUUUUCCCAAAGGUGUAUUUAUGGAAUGACAAUUCAAGCUUUUCCCUUUUUUUUCAUGCUGAUUUUUCUCUUAGGAGCCAUCCACAUAUAUCUGUGAAUACGGAGAAGAGCAAGUUGGGAAGCUGCUUUUGUGACUUCAGUUAACCCUUACCUUCAUGGUUCCCUUUUCAUCAACACACUGCACAGCUCACUUACUUUUAUACACUUUUUUCAGUGUAGUUUAGCAUUUGUUUGGUUUUUUCCCUGUUGCCUUCCCUGGAGACUCUUCCUCCAUGAUUCCAUGAGAACUGGCAAUGGGAUGAAACUGAAUUAAAACUCAACUUGGGGAAAAACCAAAGACUUGUUGGCUGAGGAAAGGUCUCCAGGGGAAGUGGCAGAUGCUUCAUUGCGUGUGUUUUCACGAUUCAACUGGAUGCAGUUUUAAAGAAAUCUUGGAGGGGAAAAAUCCAGCCCUGAGAAGGGUCAUGACCUAGAACAGCUUUUAGAUCUCAGAAUUUUUGGUUGAUUAGUGUGAUGGUUUAGCCUUGUGUCCAACAAGUCAUAAAAUCACUCCCCCUCCCAAAUUGGACAGGAGAGAAAUAUAACAAAUGGCUUGUGAGUUAAGGAUGGGGAGAUCACUGGGCAAUUAGUCAUGGGCAAAACAGACUCAACUUAGGGAGAAAAAGGUUUGAUUUAUUAAAGGAACAAUAAGAGCAGGGAGAUGAGAAAUAAAACCAUCUUAAAAAACACUUGCUCCAGGAUGAACUUCUUAUGGAGUCACAGUCUCCCUCAGGCAACCACCCACUCUGGUGUGGGCUCCUCCACAGGCUGCGAGUGGGUCUCUGCUUCCCGGUGGCCUCCAUGGGCUGCAGGGGGACAACCUACUUCACCGUGGUCCUCACCACAUAUCACAGGGGGUUCUUUCUUCCAGGGCUUAAGCACCAUCUUCCCCCUCCUUCUCCACUGACCUUGGUGUCUGUGGAGGUGUUUUCACAUUCUCCCUCCCUGUUGCUGCUGCAGUUUUGUAACUGUGCAACAACUUCUCCUUCUCAAAUAUGUUAUUCACAGAGGCGUUACCUCCAUCACUAAGUGGUCAGGUGCAGGCUCCAGCUUAGAACUGACUGGUCCUAACCCUAUGAGCUACAGGGGAAGCUUCUGGCAACUCUUUGUUUAAAGAAGCCACCCCUGUAACCCCCCCUGCUACCAAAAAACCUGGCCCAGACAAAACCACCACAAUUAGUCAAAUCCCAAAAGCACUGGAGUUGUUGGUUUUAUGAUGCUUUGUCCAUGGGUUCCAUGUGCUAGCACAUAAUAUUGAUGUUAAGCCAUCAGUGGUAUUAGGGUACUGUCAUCACUUUUUUAUUCCAGCUUGUGACUGUUUUGCUGCAAGAGUGGUGUAUGAAAGUAGAGACAACUUGCCUCUUAAAGGACAGCUGCACUUUCAAUUGAUCUGGCUCGUUUUUAAUACAUAUUGGACUAAGAGUUGCUGUGGAGUUCAAGAAUUUGGCUAACAAACCAGUCAGAUCUUUAUGCCCAAGUAGCAUCUAGGUGGUAUGUCAUACCUCUGCUUUAGAGGCCCUGAGUCAGGAAGACCUUCCCUUUUCCUGAAAACAAGAAUGGAUUUAAGUGCUUUCCUGAGUUAAGUCUGUGUAUAACCUAAUAUUCUAAAAGCAUUACGUGGUCUUCGAGUACUAGUAAUAACUUCUCCUCUGUUAAUUCAAGUCUAUUUUGGAUAGGAAACUGUGGAAAAAUAGCUUCUG